AUGGAUUGGUAUGAUUUGGGUGGCUCCAACCGUGAAGGAAGUGUUAGGCUGGAGCAACAACAGUUUUCUAAAAGCUCAUGUCAAAACAUAAGUUGGUGGUUCAAUGAUGAAUGUCAAGGAUAUUUGGAAGCAACAACAAAUCUCGUCACUUUACAAAAGGAGAAUGAAGAUUUGAGAGCCCAAUUGAGGUCUGUUUUGACUGCAUCUCAUGGCCAUACUAGCACCAGCUCUAGAGGUAGUAAUGGUGUCCAUUCUGAUGAUGACUAUUACGAUGAACUAGCAAACUAG